AUGUUAAAUCGUUUUAUUACUCGAUCAUUUUCUCCUUUAACUCAUCAUUGUGACAUUUCAAAUUUCGUCAAUCGAGUAGUAGUAAACGAUCCAAAUACUCAGUGUAUCAUCGCCGAUUCAUCGAAAUCAUUACCUAUUAUUAUUCAAACAACAGGGGUACCGAUUCAUCUUUAUACACGUGAACUUGAAUCUCAAGCAUUAAAACAAUUAGUUAAUUUAGCUGAAAGUGGUAUCGCUAAAGGUUUUGUAGCUGCUAUGGCUGACGUUCAUGUUGGUGUUGGUGCUACUAUUGGAAGUGUCUUUGCUUCUAUGACUCAUGUAAGUCCAUAUGCUGUGGGUGCUGAUAUUGGCUGUGGAAUGAUUGCUACGCCAAUUGAUGGUUUACUAUUAAAUAAUUUUCAGGAGAGAUGGAAACGAGAAAUUCAACAACAGAUUAAAACAGCCAUACCAACAGGACAUGACGCAAGAGUUAAAGCACAUAAAAGAUCCGAUCGAAUUAUUCGUAAUUUAGGUGAAUGUACACAUUAUUUAGAAAAUGAAAUAUCUGAUAUAACUAAAAAACAAUUAGGUACACUUGGAUCAGGAAAUCAUUUUAUUGAAAUACUUCAUGAUGAAAACGAACAAGUUUGGAUUAUGUUACAUAGUGGUUCACGACGAAUUGGUAAAGAGACAUGUGAUCAUUAUCAUAGUUUAGCUGGUCGUCAAAUGUCCCAACGUGGUUUACCUAUUGUUAAUGAAUUAAAAUAUUUAGAUAUUGAUUCGGACGAAGGUCAAGAUUAUUUAAAAGAUAUGCGAUGGUGUUUAAAUUAUGCUGAACAAAAUCGUCGUAUUAUGUUAGAUGAACUUAGUGCAAUUGUUAAAUCAGUCACUGAAUAUGAAGCAGAUCUUACACGUAUGGUUAAUAUUCACCAUAAUUAUUGUCAACAAGAAAAUAUUUCUUUUAACAACUCUCAGAACGAAUUAGUUUGGAUAACAAGAAAAGGUGCCACGAGUGCGCGAAAAGGUCAAUUUGGUAUAAUUCCUGGUUCCAUGGGUACUGGUUCAUUUAUUGUUGAAGGUUUAGGAAAUCCGUUAUCGUUUUAUUCAUGUUCUCAUGGUGCUGGAAGAAUUAUGUCAAGAACGAUGGCAAUGAAAAAUAUAUCUCAGCAAUCAUUUGAACAAGCCAUGGACGGUAUUGUUAGUGAUACCAAUGCAGCAUUCAGAGAUGAAGCACCACAAGCAUAUAAAGAUUUGACAACAGUAAUGACUAAUCAAGACUCAUUGGUGAAAAUUGUUCACCGAUUAAAACCACUCAUUAAUGUUAAAGGCAUAUCGGGAAGUAAUAUGCGUUAUUCAAAGAAAUCAAGGAUGCAAAGAUAA